AUGAACGACUCGUUUCUGGACGAGCUUGAAAUCGUCCAUUCGGAGGCACUCCCCAGCUUAGGCCAGCGCCAAGCCGAGCAGUACAUCACCACCCGAAGAAGCCGAUCCACAGGCCAGAGUAACAAUCUCGUACCGUUGAACGAGGGCCAGGAAAACAUCGACGUAAAUACAAAUGCAAAUUCAAAUUCUUUGGCAAAUCCGCGGGAACGAAAGCCGAGUGAAUUGAUAAAGGAGCCGAAGAAGCAUGCCGUCCGUGAGCAGGAAAAUAAAUUGCUGCAGUCGAGAGUCCUCGAGAGAAAGGCGAAAGCUCCCGAAUCGAAAGUCAAGUCUCUGGAAGCGGGGCGUGCAAAAGCUGACGAGAGAGCGAAAAAUGACUCGAAAAACAAGUGUUCCGAGAAUAAGGACGUGAAGGCUUCGAAGGAGCAGAAUCGCCGCUCCGGAAGUUCAAAUCCGUCGAGCAGAAGGUCGGAUCCAACGAAGGAAAAUAAUGUCCUGCCGGAUUUGGCGGGCGCUCACGGAAAUCCAACUCCAGGCCGGAGUUCCGGUCCGAGGAAAAUAGAGGUGAAGGAUCCGUUGGGCCUGCUGAAUGCCAUCAAGGAACUGGUGUCCUCCUACUCGAAGCAGGAGAGCUCGAGAAUUUUGAGGGCCAUGCAAGAGCUGCAUAUCAAUUCUCAGUCGACGAUGAUCAAGCACAUGCUCAUCCAGACGGAGGACUUGACCAAGGAGAUUCAUCCGAGCAGGGACACGUCGAGACUGAGGAAACUGGUGGAGGAGAACGAGAGGAUGCGCGAGGACAUUGUUAUUUUGAGACUGCGGAGCGAAGAGUUGCAGAGGAAAGUGGACGAGUCGAUUUUGAUCAGGGAGGAGAAUGUGGCGCUGAAGCUCAAGUUGAAGGAAUUGUUGAAGUCAAGUUAGUGCGCAAAGUGACCUUUUUUCAUGAUACAGAUUGUUGAGGAGAUUGUGAUAUUGAUCAUGCAAUCGGGGAAUGAGGUUUACGAUUCUGAUUUCGAAAAGAAAAAAAACUUUUUUUUCGAUUCUGCAGUCUGAGAAAUGAAGGUUUUAGAUUUAUUCAACUUACUAAUUUCAUUUGGUGAUGGAAUUAUUCGAAUGAAAGUAGUUGCGGGAACGACAAACUGCCUUUGAAGAAUGUGCCUUUUAAUGUAAGAAAGUUUACGAAUAGAAUAUACUAAACAGUGUGCAGUAAUAUAUUUUUUAUUUUUUCCAGCGCUUAUUUUCGUGUAAGUAAUG